CGCAUGUGACUGCGGCUCCGGCUGCUGCUCCCCGGCCUCGCCCGCGCUGCACGGCCCGACAUGGCGGCGACCCGGCUCCUCUCGCGCCCCCGCGCCCGCAGCCUCCGCGCCCUGCUCCCGGCCCCGGCCCCGGCCCCGGCCCAGAGCUGCAGCUGCUAUUUUUCUACCAGCAAUCAGCUGAACACCAAGUUCUAUACUGAUCCGGUAGAAGCAGUAAAAGACAUACCUGAUGGGGCCACAGUACUUGUUGGUGGUUUUGGGCUGUGCGGAAUUCCAGAGAACCUUAUUGGGGGCUUAUUGAAGACUGGAGUCAAAGGACUAACUGCAGUCAGUAAUAAUGCAGGUGUUGACAAUUUUGGACUUGGUCUUUUACUUCAAAGUAAGCAGAUAAAACGCAUGGUAUCUUCAUAUGUUGGAGAGAAUGCAGAGUUUGAACGGCAGUAUUUAUCUGGAGAACUGGAAGUUGAGCUUACACCUCAGGGCACCCUGGCAGAGCGCAUCCGUGCAGGAGGGGCAGGAAUUCCAGCGUUUUUUACAAGUACGGGGUAUGGGACACUGGUGCAGGAAGGAGGAGCACCUAUCAAAUACAACACAGAUGGCACUGUUGCCAUUGCCAGUCAUCCAAGAGAGGUGAGAGAAUUUGAUGGCCGUCAUUAUAUUAUGGAGAAGUCAAUUACAGGUGAUUUUGCACUUGUAAAGGCGUGGAAGGCCGAUCGUGCAGGAAACAUCAUCUUCAGGAAGACUGCAAGAAACUUCAACCAACCAAUGUGCAAAGCUGCCAGGAAAACUGUGGUAGAGGUGGAAGAAAUUGUUGAUAUAGGAUCAUUUGCCCCAGAAGACAUUCAUAUCCCCAAGAUCUAUGUUGACCGCCUCAUAAAGGGAGAUGGAUUUGAAAAGAGAAUUGAAAGAUUAUCAACCCGCAAGCCUGAAGAUACAAAGAGCAAACAAAAGAAGGGAGGAGAUAACGUCAGAGAGAGGAUCAUCAGGCGAGCAGCCUUAGAAUUUGAGGAUGGCAUGUAUGCUAAUCUGGGCAUAGGAAUUCCUUUGUUGGCCAGCAACUUCAUCAGUCCAGAUAUAACUGUUCACCUGCAGAGUGAAAAUGGAGUCCUGGGUUUGGGUCCUUAUCCUUUAGAACAUGAGGUAGAUCCUGACCUGAUUAAUGCAGGUAAAGAGACAGUGACUGUUCUUCCAGGUGCCUCCUAUUUCUCUAGUGAUGAAUCAUUUGCAAUGAUUAGAGGAGGCCAUAUUGAUUUGACAAUGCUUGGAGCAAUGCAAGUUUCCAAGUAUGGUGAUCUAGCCAACUGGAUGAUUCCUGGUAAGAUGGUGAAAGGAAUGGGUGGUGCCAUGGACUUAGUAUCGAGUUCACAAACCAAAGUGGUCGUGACCAUGGAGCACUCAGCCAAGGGCAACACCCACAAGAUUUUGGAAAAAUGCAAUUUGCCACUUACUGGGAAACAAUGUGUAGACCGUAUAAUUACAGAGAAGGCUGUGUUUGAUGUGGACAAGAAAAAGGGACUGACCCUGAUUGAAAUCUGGGAAGGAUUGUCUGUGGAUGACAUCAAGAAAAGCACUGGCUGUGACUUUGCUGUUUCAUCAAAUCUCAUACCAAUGAAACAGAUUUCAACUGAAUCAUAGCCUGGGCUUGACUUGCCAGAGACCCUGUUUCCAAAUGGGAGUUUGAUGAAAGGAAAUCAACGUUUGUUUUGCAAUUAUAGUUUUUUUUAAAAGGGCUUUGUAAGUAGUUUCUAUGUAGUCACACUCCAGCCAUGAAUAACUGUGUAAAUGGCAUUUUUACGCACAUAACAUUACCAGUUUUGUUGAAAAGGGUGAAUUGAAUGCCUAAAUAUUUAAUAACAACAUUGUACAAUUGGAUUGUUAAUAAGCAUUGGCUCAAAAAUGCCUUGUAGAAGUGAUCGUACUGCCAGAGGUUGCAAUGUAAAACAAGCAUGGCACUACCUGUAUGCACAGAUGACCAUGCAAACUUGUAACUGCCGGUGCUAAAGUCACAUAAGCAAAUCAAUCAUCUGGAGUGGAAAUAUUGCAAUUAUCAUGGUGAUUCUGACUCAUGGUGAGGGAUUUGUUGGCUUUCAUUGGGGAAUGAUUGUUGUGUUUAUAGUGAACUGCAAAGGUACGUCUGGCAUAGGGACUUCUAUUUCCAUUUGUGGAAAACUUGGGACCUUUUAAAAAUAAGUCAGUGGCAAACUCCCACUAAGAAUAGUGGGAGCAAUCCUGAGCCUUCACUUCUGAAUGUAUCUACAGGUCCUGUGGUGUUUAUGAACCAUUACUAACAAGGCUAGGGUACACCUUCCAGAGUAUGACCCUGGUGUAUGUAGUUGGUGAAACUCAUAAAUGUACAAUCCAGAAAGAGUCUAAUUUGCAUGGAAAAUAAGUCUCCUUCUUUAGACAAGUGAUAACCCUAUAUUUUCCUUAUAGAAACCACUCUGUCUUUCCCAAUAACCCUUCUCAUCCAAGCCAUCAUUAGAAAGGAGCUGAAUGAUGCUGCAGUAGGACAUAGGCUUAUGCCUAUGAGGUCACAGAAAGAAGGGUGGGUGGGGAGGAAGGGCAAAAGCCAAGUUUUCACAUGAAGUGUUUAGGGAAGAGUCAGGGAUAUGAGUCCUUUCCCUAAACUGUUCAAGUUUCCUGUAAGGAAAGAGUUAAAGCAAUAAGUUCUUGGCUCUUGCUGAUUCAGGGAGCAGAAAAGUAUUUGGGACCCAAACUCCUAAUAACUAAAAUGAACAUGCAACAGCUACAGGACAAUCAAAAUUAAAUAACCUUGCACCUUCCUGUUUGACAAGGUUCUUCUUUUUCCAUUAAAUUUACAGAGAACUGCUAUUUUGUUGCUAAGCAGUAUAGCUGUGAUAGCAUGGGAUGUGAUUUACAAGUUAUUAGAGUCAUUAAAUAAGCCCCCAAUUAACUGAAAAUUCACAGUAACCAAAGCAUAGUUGGAUCCAGUCAUGUGGAUCUAGUCAUAGUUGGAUCCUAUCAUGUGUUUGAGAUCAGCAUUAAGAGGAAAUUGCAUGAAAAGAAACAAUGCUAAGAAAAUACUUACACAACUCCAGAGCAGAGAAACAUUUUGACUCUGCAUUGAUGAGGAGUCUCUCACUUCAAAAACUGUUCAUAAUCAUACUGUGGGAGGACCAUGGUAUGUUGAGAAUACAGAGCCAUAAAUGCAACUUCUUGUCUUCUAGUUCUUCUCUGGCCCUGGGCAAAUACUUAUCUUCUUUCUCUCAUUUUUCUGACUUUAAAAUAAGAAAGGACCUUCUUUCCCAGUGUUUUUGCAAAAUUAGGCUUGAUCUACUUAGUUUGGGUUCCUGUAUAACUAUUUUGAUUAGAGCUGUGAUUUUUUUUAAUUGAAAUAAUGGUACAAUCUCUGGUCAGUUUUCCCAGUAUAAAGGUGCUGUCUAAGAGAAUAGCUUAUCCUUCUUCCCAUAAAGGAAUAUAAGCACCAUUUUCCAGGUAUAACUACACCUAUGCUAAAGGAGUUGCCCCAUGUUACCUAUACCAGUAUACAGCUUUCAUGUAUCAAGAAGUCCUAAAGGUUGACAUUUGAGGAAGAAAAAUACUCUGCAACUAGUAUGUCAAGAUAAAUACAAAACUGAUUUUGUCUGGUAUUUAAUUUUAUUUGUGAGGCACUGGACAGAGCACUUCAGGAUAACUACAAGUAAGAAUACUGCUUUGUGUUUUCCAAACAGCUCUAGUUUUCAUCUGGCUUCUAAGUUUGGGUAGGUCCUCUGUGUUAACAGCUCUCAAACAAGGUUUUGAUUAAUAGCGUGACCAUUUAAUACUGAUGUGAAGAAAAACUAAGAAUUGGACUGACACUGUUACUCCCAUCUAGAAUUCUGUGGGAUUGUUCAGCAUGGGGUCUGUUAUAGCGGAGACUUACGUGCAGUAGGUUGGCAUAAAACAGUUCUGAGCUAAGAUUUUAAGACAGAUUUAAUCCGCAAAGACCCUUCACUAACAGUAUCCACUGCUGGGAGAGUAGACUCAGUGAAGUAAAAAGGGUGGCUAUCAUUAUCUCCAUAGCAGAAGAUUGGUGGUUUGAUUGGUUAAGAGAGACUUCUCAGGAAUGGAUGGGGUCAUAAGUGGGUUCCCACUAGUCGUUAUUCACAUAUUUACUAGAGGUCUGUCAUAGCAGAUGCUAUUUUUCAAGGGGGAAUAUAUAAAAUGUUAUGCAAGGGGUGGGGGUUGGGGGGGGACUUUGUACCUAAAUUGUCUAGGAAGAAAACUAUUUAAAUAAUGAAGGGAAUCUUGAAGAAAAUCUAGAAAAUUAAAUGCUGGGCUAUUGUAAUUUACCACAUUACAGUAAGGUCAGUGCCAGUCAGUUUGGUGCGGGGUGCCUAAAAUGUUGCAUAUAAACACCACCGUAUGGCUUGCCACAAUAAGUGCCAGAGAGCAGUAGCAAGUGCAUAUUAUUUCACUCCCUAAACUCCUGACUAGAAUUAUGUCUCCUUGAGAGAUGAUCCCAGGCCAUAAUUAAUUUAAUUAUCAUUAAAAAUGAUGUUAUAAAGAGAGGAACUAUAUAACAGAAACUUGGAGUUCAGUAUAUCAAAUUCCUAAGCAAAGGACUUGGAGGGAACCAGUCGCUCUUGAAUUCUAAUCUUAGUUUUCCCAGUUCUCUACUUGUAGCCUUGGGAAAAGGCACUCUCUGCCUCAGUUUUCCUAACUGUGGAAGGAGAUAUUUCACUUGUACUGUGUACAGCAAAUUGCAUUUGGGACACAUCUGCACUUUCUCAAGACUAUGAAAGGGUCUUUAGCACUGGAGUGCCCAUGCUGAACACAAUGGCCCUGAGUCUCCUUACAUUUUAUCAUUGUCAUUCAAGAGUGUUGAAGCCAAUGGAGUUACAUUGGUGAAUGGGGAGGAGAGUGGAACCAGGUUUCUCAGUGUGGUACAGAUAUCUGGCUGCUUUACUAUCAAUUUGCCUUGGUAACAUCAUAUCACAGUACAGUAUUGGUAUUCUUAGCAAAAUAUCAAGUGACCCAGGGAGCUAACUGUAUUAAUGUUUUUUUGGCAAGACUUGUAUUAUCAUGAUGAAUACAAACUUAUGAACUGGAUUUUACUAGCAAGCAAAGCCAUUCGUAUUCAAUGUGCCUCUGGCAAAUGAGGUGGUGGCUGUGAUCAAAGCUUUCACAGGGACGAGAAACUGGCUCCCCUUUCUCUCCUCCCUGGCAAUAAGGUCUGAAAAUGCAAGUAAGGUCUAAUGGUAUAUCAGUGAGAUCAUUAUCUGCCUGGCCUCACUUCACAAGACAGAACUUAUGCCCUUGAAUUGAAGAAGGUACCAUUUCUGCUGUUUUCCCUUCUUAACUUAUUUCUCUUUAUUUUGUUUGAUGCCAAACAUGAUCAAGUGUCCCUGAAAAAGUAGAAAGAGAAAAGGUAAUAUAAAUGGCUAUUGUACUGUAAACUGUGUCAAAGUCCUUUCUAUGUACUUGCAAAACAAUCAAUAACAAAUAAAGAUGUAAAAGAAUA